CAAAAAGUAAAAACUUGUAAAACAGAACAAGAUAAGAUCUAAUAAUCAUUUUUGAGUGGUUUAGGUCUAAAAUUUGAUCUGAAGCUGAAACAAAACAGAGUUUAGAGGUCAAAAAGCCCUAAAACGGGCUAGUUUGCAUUCUAGGUGGUAACAAAUAACACAAAGGCAGCUGUGACUUAACGCAGUACAAGUGAGAAAUGAUUAGAAUGACAUGUAAGCACAACAAAAGACUCAGAAAACCCGCGAACACGUGUAAUUUUCAGGUACUUCUAAGAUCGUUAGAAUAAACUACAACUCCCAGGAUGCUGUUCGGCUGACCGUAAUCAAAUUCUGUCCAAUCACUUACGUUGAAGGCAGUUCCCCACAAAAAUACGGAAAAAUAGAGUCGUCUUCGGUGGGUGUUAAAAAAGUUCAUAGGAGUGUGGAGAUGGAGAUCACACCGAAAGCAGCCAAACUGUCAUGUGGGUAUUCAUCACCUGGUUCAGUCGAGUCAAGCCCCUCUGAGUUUAAAGAAGAGAAGCAUCACUCUGGGCUAAGUGCCUCCCUAAGGGAGAGGCUGAAGAGAACACGGCGCUCCUUCAUCUCACCCCUUUCUGUGGCCAAGCGCCUUUGUGUUGACAAUGAGGAGGAGGAGGAGGAAGCCCCACAUGCUCCAGCAGAGUCCCAGGAGACUAUCGCUGUCCACACUAUGGAUGCAAACGGGACUGAAGUGAAGCUGGGCAGUGAGAGGUUGCCCUCACUUGCUCCCCAACCAUCACACAUCUCCUCAGGAGACUUUGCUCUGCAGCUGAGGAAGGAAGUAAAGGAGAAAACGGAGACACUGCGUCGGCUCAAGAUGGUGAAAAUGUACAGAAGCAAGAAUGAUUUGACGCAUCUCCAAACGUUGAUUGACAAGUGGCGCAGUUGUGCACAGGCUGCUCUGUAUGAGCUCCAGUCAGAGUUCCUCGUAGACGGAAGGAAGGCCGACCUGUCCGAGCUCAUUGACCUCUUUGGUCUGGAUGAUAGCAUUCUGUGCUUUGACCGUGCAGAGGGAGACUUCACUACGUAACGCCAGAAGAAGUAUCUUAAGUCCAGCGAGGACGACAGAAAAGAGUUAACACAAUUCAUCUUAUUUAUUGUUGGUGCUUGCUCUUGUUCGCAGCAAAAAUAACACUAAAUAUUCUGUUAGCAAAUCAGUGUAUGAAUAAAUAAACUAUGUGGUAACAGAU